AUGAAGAUAAUUCGGAUCAAAUGCAAAGAAGAGCAAAAGGGGAGGACAGAAAAAGCCUUGUGGUCACCAAGGAAAGAGGUGUCAAGUGGUAUCUUCACCAUAAAUGAAGCGGAGGCAAAGGUACCGGUGGUCAACACAAGCACAGAACCUUUGAUACUGCACAAAGAAGAGGAAGUAAGUACAUGGGGGACGAAUAAAUGGUAUGAGUCCAUGUUGGAUUCGGGAGCCAUGAUGUUGGAUAGCGGUUGGUGGAACGCGCAAGAAAGAGACAAACAGUCCGUACUACAGGAUUAA